CCCAAUUUUGGACCUUUACAGACCUACUAAGAACUGGCAGUGACAGGAGAGACACCGACGCAUACAGCUCUGCUCGCUCAGCCUGACCCGGACUUCAAAGCGAAAAGGAGCCUCAAACCUCUACACCACGCAUACGACAUCUUACCUCUCUUGAUUGGUGUUUUGAGAGAAAAACGUGAAUGAACAGAUACUCGCGUUGUCCAGACAACGGUAGAGUUGUGGGAGCACAGCCAAAGACGAUGGUCCACUGUGCUGGGUGCGAAAGGCCUAUAUUGGACAGGUUUCUCCUCAAUGUGUUGGACAGAGCAUGGCACGUCAAGUGCGUACAAUGCUGCGAGUGCAAAUGUAAUCUAACAGAGAAAUGUUUUUCUCGAGAGGGGAAACUCUACUGCAAAAACGACUUUUUUAGGCGGUUUGGGACGAAGUGCGCGGGCUGUGCUCAGGGGAUCUCGCCAAAUGACUUGGUCCGAAGGGCACGGAGCAAGGUGUUUCACCUGAACUGUUUCACCUGCAUGAUGUGCAACAAGCAACUCUCCACGGGAGAGGAACUGUACAUCAUAGACGAGAACAAAUUUGUCUGCAAAGAAGAUUAUUUAAGCAACACCAAUGGAAAAGACGCAAACCUCUUAUCAGUAACCGCCUGCAGUGAUCCAAGUUUAUCUCCAGAUUCUCAAGACCAGCUACAAGAUGAUGUAAAAGACUCUGAAAUUGCCAAUUUGUCAGACAAAGAAACGGUUAAUAAUGAGAAUGACGACCAGAAUCUUGGAGGGAAAAGACGGGGACCACGCACCACAAUUAAAGCCAAGCAACUGGAGACUCUGAAAGCAGCGUUCGCUGCUACACCGAAACCAACAAGACACAUCAGGGAGCAACUAGCGCAAGAAACUGGCCUCAACAUGCGAGUCAUUCAGGUAUGGUUCCAGAACCGACGGUCCAAAGAGAGGAGAAUGAAGCAACUGAGUGCCCUUGGCGCAAGGAGGCAUGCUUUCUUCCGUAGUCCGAGGAGAAUGAGGACGCUAGUGGACCGGCUUGAACCCGGAGAGCUUAUUCCUAACGGACCGUUUUCUUACUAUGGAGAUUAUCAGAGUGACUACUACGGCCCUGGUGGGAACUACGACUUCUUCCCGCAGGGGCCCCCAUCCUCCCAGGCCCAGACCCCAGUGGACCUCCCGUUCGUGCCGUCAUCGGGUCCCACUGGAACUCCCCUCGGGGGCAUGGACCAUCCUAUUCCAGGCCACCAUCCGUCCAGUGAAGUCCAGCGGUUCUCCGACAUCAUGUCCCACCACCCAGGCGACUCGCCUAGCCCCGAACCCGGCAUCCCGGGCCCGCUGCACAGCAUGUCGUCGGACGUGUUCGGUCCCAGCCCGUCCUUUACCUCGCUCUCGCUCAAUGGAAGCGGAUACAACAACCACCUGUCACACCCCCCCUCAGAAAUGAAUGAAGGAACUGUUUGGUAGCUGCCUCCCCCUCUUCAUCAAAAACAAACAUGGACAAACCCAGUGGAGGGAUAAAGGAGUUUGGGACAACAGAAAAAAGGGGGGAGGGAGUUUCUUUUGGGCAUCCAUAUUUAUUGUUUUUCAAAUUAAUUUUUCUUUUACUCUUUUUGCUUUUUUUUGGUGAGAGAUAUUCUAAGAAGUGAAGUCAACAGACGCCAGUGUGGUCAUAAACGUUUGUCUCGAUAUUGUGUUUAUAUCCAGUUGCUUCAUACAUUUUUUUUUCUUUUUUCGUAAUCAGAACAUGGACGCAACCACAGAAAAGACUGAUUUGUGACUGUUGUUGACCCCUUUGGGGUUCUCGCCCCCCCCCCACCCCGGCUCUGUCCUGGUAAAGACCCCAGCGAGAGGCCUAGCACAGCGUUGUCCCUCCAGUAACACUCCAUGCAUCAACAGGAAAAAAAAAAAUCUCUUGGAGAACAACACUCUGGACUCGAGAAAAAAAACAGCAACAACACACCAUUAGCUUCUGUCAAAGACUCGACAGCUUUACGGAGAAACACCUACGAUGGUUGGCGUUGUGCUCACCGGUGAUGUAGGCCCCCAAGAUAGAAGGAAGCCGUCAGACUUAGUGUACUUAUUUGAAAACUCCUCAGACCUCUACGCCUCCAAAGGCUCUGCCAUAUUGACACUUAAACAAUCUUUUUUGACGCUAAAUAUGUUUCUGAAGGCUGGGUGGGGGAGGGGAGGGGGGAAGCAUUUUUUCCUGCUUUCUCUUUAUCUGGAUUUUUUUUUGUUUGUGUUUAAGAAAUCCACCAAAUCCGACAAAGUUGGCCUUCAAAAGGCAAACGCUAAAAAAAUGUAUGGAGUGUGAACCCUUUAUUUAAUGGAAGAGAACUUGAAAUGUUGCUAAAUGAAGUCUACCUUCUAAAAGUAUUUUAACAAGGGUCUGAAAGGGACUUAGAACAGUCAACUGUUUACGUAAUAUAUUUAAUUCAGGAGUUAAAAAGUAUCAACCAUGUUUUAGAACCUCUUGAUCCAGAUAAACAUGUUCCAAGCAACCAACCAAACUUUUGUAUUGAUUUUAUUUAUAUUGUAUGAAGAAAAAAACAAGUUUGCUGGGGUUGUGGUUCACUGUGCUAGUUUGUACAAGAUGUUGUUUACAAAAAAAUGUAAAAGGAAAAAAAAUACAAGUUAAGUAGACAGUUGCCAAAUAAAAACAUAGCACAAAUACUGUAAAAGUGCUUUGCACCAUUAUCUGCAGUGUUGAGACAAAGUGUAAGUGUUAAAAAAUGCUAAGAAGUAUUUACUUCUUAAUUUUCUAGUCUGCUGAAAAAACACAUUCAUAAAAUUGUUAAUAUAACAUACUUAGACCUACAAGUUUUAUUUUUGUGUCUUAAAAAGGAAAAUCCAAACUAUUAAAAAUUAAUGGUCAAAUAUGCAGCAAGCAGCUGCUAACUUUCUUUAAAUAUCAAACCCUCAUGGUAUGUCUUUUAUUGUCCUAAUAAACCUAAGCUUAUGUGACCUCCAGUGCAUAUUAGACCAUUCACUGUAUAAAGACAACAUGUUUAACAAAUUUGUGAGUUUUUAAUAAAAUUAGAAAAUAUGA